AUGCAUUUCUCCUUGAAGCAUUUGGCAAUCGCUGCGUUUUAUGCUACUAAUUUAGGCUCUGCCUACGUCAUCCCUCAAUUCUUCCAAGAAGCUUUCAAACAAGAAGACCCAAUUGAGUAUCUUCCUGAACAAAAAGAAACACUCGACAAUGACAAUUCUGUCGUUGGCGCCACCAUUCCCAAGCCACAUGUUCCUUACUUCAUGAAGCCUCAUGUGGAAAGUGAAAAACUACAAGAUAAGAUCAAGCUCGACGAUUUGAACGCCACUGCUUGGGACCUCUACCACAUGGCCAACCAUUCCACUUCAGAGUACGGACACCCCACCCGUGUAAUCGGUUCCAAGGGCCAUAACAAGACCAUGGAGUACAUCUUGAACGCCUUUGAUGGUAUGCAAGAUUACUAUGAUGUCUCUUUACAAAAAUUCGAUGCCUUAUCCGGUAAGAUCAUCUCUUACAACCUUUCCGACGUUGAAACAGGCCAAACUUUUGCAAACACAACAGCUUUCGCUUUGUCUMCACCUGUAGACGGGUUCAUUGGUAAAUUAGUGGAAAUUCCUAAUUUGGGGUGCGACGAAAAGGAUUACGGUUCCGUGGUCCCACCAGGCUUGAACGAAAAGCAAAUCGCCCUCAUUGAAAGAGGUAAAUGUCCAUUCGGUGACAAGACCAACUUGGCCGGUAAGUACGGCUUCUCUGCCGUUGUCAUUUAUGACAACGAACCUAAAUCCAAGGGUGGCCUUCACGGCACUUUAGGAGAACCUACAAACCAUACCGUGGCUACUGUUGGUGUCCCUCACAAAGUGGGUAAGGAAUUGAUUGCUAAUAUUGCGUUAAACAUCGACUACUCCUUGUAUUUUGCCAUGGACUCGUACGUGGAAUGGAUCAAGACCCAAAAUAUCAUCGCUGACACCAAACACGGUGAUCCGGAUAACAUUGUUGCUCUUGGUGCUCAUUCUGAUUCUGUUGAAGAAGGCCCAGGCAUCAACGAUGAUGGUUCCGGUACAAUCUCACUACUGAACGUUGCCAAGCAAUUGACCCAUUUUAAGAUCAACAACAAGGUCCGUUUCGCAUGGUGGGCCGCUGAAGAAGAAGGUCUGCUAGGCUCCAACUUUUACGCUUACAACUUAACCAAAGAGGAAAACUCCAAGAUCAGAGUCUUCAUGGACUACGAUAUGAUGGCUUCUCCAAACUACGAAUAUGAAAUCUACGACGCAAACAACAAGGAAAACCCCAAGGGGUCCGAAGAGUUGAAGAACUUGUACAUAGACUACUACAAGGAUCACGACUUGAACUACACCUUGGUUCCAUUUGACGGCAGGUCCGACUACGUCGGCUUUAUCAACAACGGCAUCCCUGCAGGCGGUAUUGCCACCGGCGCUGAAAAGAACAACGUCGACAACGGUAAGGUUCUGGACAGAUGCUACCAUCAAUUAUGUGACGACGUUUCCAACCUAUCUUGGGAAGCUUUCGUCACCAACACUAAGUUGAUCGCCCAUUCCGUAGCCACCUACGCCGACUCUUUCAAAGGCUUCCCAAAAAGAGAGAUCCACAAGCAUGAAGAACUGACCGCAUUGAAUGCUGAAAAUCCACAAUUCAAGUACAGAGCUGACUUCUUGAUUAUUUAA